AAGUGGGCUAAUUCACAUGGGGGUGAUCAAUUUUGAUUAUAGCAUCGCUUAAUAAACAAUUGAAAGCUUUUAUUAGCAUAAAUAAUAGCACCGAAAAUGAAUAAAAGGCUACUUAAAAAUGUUCUAGUAUGCGCAACCGCCGCCACUUGCGCCUACUUUACCGGUAAAUACGUUGAACGUCAACAAGUGCCUGAAACAGAGUGGGAAAUAAAAACGCCAGCGUUAGUCCAGCAGUUGGAGCGCCGCCCCGCAUUACCAAUUUUUGGCACAGUGUCGGCCGCAGUACCAGUGCCAGCAGAAGAAGUGAAUCUCAAUGCCACACCAACGCGCAUUUCACAAAUCAUGAAAUAUGGUUUCCCUGGGCUGGAUCAUGUUCGUUCUUAUUCAGAUUUUGUGCUAUCCUACGAUCGCCGUAACCGCGUACCACAUUGGGUAUUUGAACAUCUCACGCCUGAGUCAGUGGCCAGAAACGAUGCCGUCGAUCGCUCAAAAUGUGAAUUCCGCGCGGAUGACAGCAUACAUCCCUUCUUUCGUGCUCAAAAUACUGAUUAUCGUCGCUCUGGCUACGAUCGUGGUCACAUGGCAGCAGCGGGUAAUCACCGGCGUCAUCAAAAACAUUGCGAAGAUACCUUCUACUUAUCGAAUAUGGCGCCGCAAGUGGGUCAGGGAUUCAAUCGCGAUUCAUGGAAUCGGCUGGAAAUGUAUGUACGCAAACUAACGCAGACAUAUCCAAGUGUGUACGUGUGUACAGGGCCAUUGUAUCUGCCACACAAGGAGGACGAUGGCAAGAUGUAUGUUAAAUAUGAGGUAAUUGGCGCCAAUACUGUGGCGGUACCGACACACUUUUACAAAAUCAUUGUGGGUGAAACGGCUGAUCAUCAGUUCGAUAUGGAAGCGUAUGUAAUGCCUAACAAAGUUAUCAGUGAUGACACGCCACUGCAGGUGUUCCAAGUGCCGCCAGAGACGGUAGAACGUGCGGCGGGACUGCUAUUCUUCGAUCAAAUUAACCGAAAGCAACUAAAACGUAUCAACGGCAAAAAAGUGUAGAGAAAAUAGGCCCAGCAGGGAAAGUGCAAUUACCGAGUUUAAAGUUCAAACCGAUGGUACCCAAAUUUAUUCCCAUUGUUAGCAAAAUAAGCUCCAAAUGUUCCUUUGUAUAUUUCAAUUAUGUAUUUAAUAAUUAAAUGAAACGUUAAGAUUUAAUU